GUGCAGUAAACAAGGAAGAGACAGGAAGGCACCACCACCAAGAGAGGGAGGGGUGUGUGGUGAAAGAGGAAGAGAUAACGCUGAAAUCUCCAGAGGACAGAAUGAGGAAUGUAGCCUACAAGGAGGAUUUUGUGAAGAAUAAAGGGCGAGGUUUCAGCACGGUCAAUGAGACACCAGAGCUGCAGAGACUCAAGAAAAUUCAGGACCAAGUCAGCAACGUUAGGUACCAUGAGGAGUACGAGAAGAGCAAGUCGGGAGUAAGAGACACCACAUCCCACCAGCCCAGCAACGCUCCUUCAGCAGCUUUCCAGCCUCCUGCGGCCUCUCAGAACUACCACUAUGAUCCUACUCCUGAACCGGUUCGCCAGGCGGCCGCCGCCCCACCUCCCAGCACUGGGAAGCGUUACAGGGCCGUGUACGACUACUCUGCUGCCGACGAGGACGAGGUGUCCUUCAUGGACGGGGACGUGAUCGUGGAUGUGCAGCAGAUCGAUGAGGGCUGGAUGUAUGGCCGCGUGGAGCGCACCGGCCAGCAGGGCAUGCUGCCUGCCAACUACGUGGAAGCCAUCUGAGACAGAGAAAAGGAGGAAGAAAGGAAAAGCCCAGUGCCAUCUCAUCUUAACGCCGCUUUCUCUUGAUUUUACUCUUGUUCUUUAAUCUGUUCUGCGACACCCUGAAUCUCCCCACCCCGCCCCUUUGCACCCCCGCUCUGCCCCCACUCUAGGUCAGUCAGCAGCACCUGUCUGUCUGUCUGUCUGUGCUGAUGUCUCCAUUUGGAUGUUUGCCAUCGUGUCCGGGGUCGUGUCGUGUCACACAGUUCAUCUCUUCACUGUAGCACUUAACCCCAAUACACCCAAACACAAGAACAAGAAAGAACAAAAAGUCUUAAAAGACCCAUCAGCCAGUGCAUGGUUGCCAUGACAGCAGACGCCGACUGGCAUUAAUACCGUGUUCAAAUUAAUUCCAGAGUUUGGGUAUGGUAAUCCACAGGCCGAUGUCUUUGUUUUUGUGAACUUCUCACUGUAAUCUUGACCUGACUGGAAACGAUGUAGAAUCUCAGAACUAAACUGGAAUAUUUUUGACUUCUGUACAUUCCUUUAACCUCGUCACCCUCAUGCUGUCACAGCAUUCAGCAGGAAAUCAGUCUUAAGAGAGCUUUUUAAAUAUAUAUAUUUAUAAACAGACACGUUCUUCUACUAAAGUAGACAUUAUGCGCACCACUGCAUUGUGGGUAAAAAACUGGAAGGUUACUUUAACUGGAGAGCGCCUCGUGGCGCGAGUUCACUCGGUCAUAUCGGAAAAAGGGGCACUGUAAGAUUACAGUCACAGCGGUCUAGGUCGAGCUGUGGAGAAACGAAGCUGGAGCAGGUAGUCCUUCCCCUUUCCUGCACAAUCGCCGUCGGCAGAUCCAUGAGCGAAACCGAAGGCUGUGCACGGCUCGACUUUUGACAAUAAGUUUAAAUUCAUUCCCGUUUUUGUGAGUCAACAUUCCUUGUUUUCUGUGAGUUGUGAUCGAAUGUCUGAGAAAUGAUGCGGUAGAAAAAGUGGGUUUUACUUCACAAGCCCCUCCCCCAAAGUAAAGUAAUGGAAUGUCAGCCGCAACACUUUUCUCAUCAGUUUCGCCUUUAACAAGAGUCUGUAAGCGCAGGUGGGAUCCUCGUACGUCGGGACCAGGGACUGAAGCAGUGCAGGUAGCGCCCAUAAAGAUUCUUGUGAGUUAGAAAAUGUUUGUUACCGUUUGCGUUAUUUGUGCGCUCGGGUACUUUAGGACGACAUCGAUCUGAGUAGUUGACGUUGGUGUAAAUCUUAUUGGCCCCUGAUCAUUCACGCCUCUUGUUUCAUUCUCUGUGUGGUGACUUGCUGUUGUGAGCGAUCGGGGCGUUGCGUUCACAGGCGGGGUGAGGGUUCAAACUUUCAACUUUAUUUAAAAAAGCGGGGGGGGAGUAGCUUGAUUCCGUCAUACAGUUAUAUGUAUCUUAAAGUUCGGGAAGGCUUUGUAAGGGUGCGGCUGCUCUGGGAAGCAACUCAUAAAAUCGGCGACUGUGGCAGGUGGGAGUUGAGUGUUUAACAUUUUGCAGCUUCCUAAUGCGAUGACUCGUGGACGUGCUGAUGAAGACGAUCACAAAUCUCUUUAAACUGGCUGGAGGCUACUAUUCCCAAAACAUAUCACAUGAACAUUCCAAGAGUAAAUUUUUUUUCUCCCUUUUCGUGCGGACUUCAAUAGAUGGUUUUUAACGAGUGGGAGCAGCCAAUGUUCCGUCUUCAUGGUUCAGACUGGAGUUUUAUGAUGCGUGUAGCGUUGAUGCGUUUGUGGUGCCUGGAGAUGUGCAAUCCUUCACUCUCACCCCUAGGUGGCAGAGCAUAGGGAUGAGAGCAAAGGGUGUUCAGCUGACCUGGAUAUUAGUCCGGAGUUCACCUCCUAAUCCCGCUCGCUCUUCUACUCUGACCUCGCUUACUCCACCUUUGUGCCAUUCCAUAUCCACCAUUUCAUUCACUUUUCUUUCUUAGUAUCCCGUCAUCCAUCCUUCUGCGGGUUUCCGUCUUACCUUCAGCCUUCAUUGUAGGCUCCUGCGCUUCUGAUAACAUUCCCUGCUUCUAUGAUACUGGUUAUAUACUGUAGACUUUGAAGAGUGAAAUCAUGUAAUCGACAAAUGCAUUCAGCACAAUAGCAUUGAGACCAAUUAUGUGCAUUCCAUCUCUAAUUGUUGUUCUUUUGAUAUUUUUAAUUUUUAAGUAUUAAUAAAAAAAAUGAAUACCUUAUGCAUAUUGACACACACACAUAUAUUCAGUUCUUGGAAUGCAAUUGACCUUCAGGACCUGAUGUCAUCUCCUGCUACAGCACUUCAAAUUGUACUGAUGAAUCUGCAGUUCAAUAAAAGGUCAUUUUUUUUCUCACA